CCUCUUUCCAAUCAGAACUCAUUCUCUACACACACUAACCUCAUUGCAGCUCUCUCUCUCUCUCUUUCUCCCUCUCCCAAAACCCCAGAAACCCUAGAAUUCCCUCAACCCCAAUGCGGAUCUGAAACCGGUCAGAUCCGACCCGACCGGAUCCGACCUGAUCUUCCAAAUGGGGCACGUGAAUCUCCCGGCAUCCAAACGCGCCGCCCGGCAGUGGCGCCUUCUCGACCUCGUCUCCGCUGCUUUCUUCCUCGCCGUAGUCGCCUUCUUCGUUCUUGUCUUCACCCCUCUCGGCGACUCCCUUGCAGCUUCCGGCCGCCAGUCGCUCAUCCUCUCCACGGGAGCUGAUCCUCGCCAGCGCCAGCGCCUCCUCGCCCUCGUCGACUCUGGGCAGCAGCCGGUGAUCGAAGCAUGCUCGCCUGACGCCAUCGACCACAUGCCGUGCGAGGAUCCCCGGCGCAACAGCCAGCUCAGCAGGGAGAUGAACUUCUACCGGGAGCGGCACUGCCCCGCACUGGAAGCAACUCCGAUUUGCUUGGUCCCGCCUCCGGACGGGUACCGUGUCCCGGUCCCAUGGCCGGAAAGCUUGAACAAGAUAUGGCACAGCAACAUGCCGCAUAACAAAAUUGCUGAUAGGAAAGGUCAUCAAGGCUGGAUGAAAGAAGAACGCCCAUACUUCAUUUUCCCAGGAGGUGGCACUAUGUUCCCUGAUGGAGCUGUACAGUAUAUUGAGAAACUUGGACAGUACAUCCCGACAAGUGGAGGCACCUUGAGGACUGCCCUGGAUAUGGGAUGUGGGGUUGCCAGCUUUGGUGGGUACAUGCUUAAGGAAGACAUUUUAACUCUUUCAUUUGCUCCAAGAGACUCUCACAAAGCACAGAUACAGUUUGCACUAGAAAGAGGAAUACCAGCAUUUGUUGCGAUGCUUGGCACCCGCCGGCUUCCAUUUCCUGCAUACUCAUUUGACCUGGUGCACUGCUCUCGGUGUUUGAUCCCGUUUACUGCCUACAAUGGAACAUAUUUUAUUGAAGUGGAUCGGCUGCUGCGGCCGGGAGGAUACUUUGUUAUCUCUGGUCCACCUGUACAGUGGCCUAAGCAAGAUAAGGAAUGGGCAGAUCUCCAGGCUGUGGCCCAAGCCUUAUGUUAUGAACUAAUUGUCGUGGAUGGAAACACUGUCAUCUGGAAAAAGCCUUCUGGAGAUUCAUGCCGUCCUAACGAAAAUGAGUUUGGGCUUGAUUUGUGUAGUGAAUAUGACAAUCCAAGUGAUGGAUGGUACUUCAAAUUGAAGAAGUGCGUCAGUAAGGUAUCUCUGAAGGGAGAGAAUGCUGUGGGAUCCAUUCCAAAUUGGCCAGAUAGGCUAACAAAACCCCCUGCAAGGGUCUCUCUCCUUAAAAAUGGAAUCAAUGUGUUUGAAGCUGAUACGCGACGUUGGACCAGACGAGUUGCAUACUACAAGAAAUCCCUCGGCAUAAAGCUUGGAAGUUCAGCCAUCCGCAAUGUUAUGGACAUGAAUGCAUUUUUUGGAGGCUUUGCAGCAUCACUGGUGACUGAUCCUGUCUGGGUUAUGAAUGUUGUUCCUGCUCGCAAGCCAUUAACCCUUGGUGUAAUCUAUGAUAGAGGUCUUGUUGGGGUCUACCAUGAUUGGUGUGAAGCUUUCUCAACGUAUCCCCGAACUUAUGAUCUCAUCCAUGUAACCAGCAUUGAAUCCUUGACAAGAGAUUCCAGUUCGGGCAAGUGCAGAUGCCAUCUGAUUGAUGUGAUGGUGGAGAUGGACCGGAUGUUGCGUCCAGAAGGAACGGCCGUGAUUCGAGAUAUACCUGAAGUCAUUGAGAAGGUGGGACGCAUCGCACAUGCCAUACGGUGGGCAGUGACGGUGCAUAACACAGAGCCGGAAUCAAACGGGAGGGAGAAACUGCUUGUGGCAACCAAGAAACUUUGGAAGCUGCCUUCAGCCCCCCAUUGACACACACUGUUGUUGUUCUUUAUAGCUGCUGUUCUUUAUUUUUUGAAGCCAGUAAGUCAUGCUUCAAGAAAUGCUUUUCUUUUUCUUUUUUUCUUUGUAAGAAAGAAAAUUCUUGAAAUUUUGUCAUAAAUGCCAUGUAAGUUAUUUUCCGAUCU